UUUCCCCCCCCACCAGAUAUCAUGUUGGUGUGUCUACAUCCUGUCAUCCUUCUUCUCCUCAUCAACUUUCUCGACCUGUCAUCAUCUCAGAAUCCCACUCGACCCCGUUCCCCCAUCUCUGAAAAAAUGUAUGAUUACAGUGAUUACGAAGAAUCUACCGCUGAGCCUCCCAGCUCGUCUACCUCCGAAGUCCCAGAACUCCAUCCAUGCUACUAUGACAUGUGUGUGGAGCAGCAGCAAACCUGCAAGGAGCUUGCAGCAGUCACACCAUGCCUCUGCCCGGGGUUGAGCCCUCAAGACAAUCCCCCGAGUCCACCGCACCUCUCGUAUCUAACUCAACAGGAUGACAAAGGGGUCGUGGUGCACUGGUGUGCUCCGACCUCCAUUGUCACCCACUACAUUGUCUUGGUGAAAGGCAAGGAUAAAGUUGUCGAUUGGGAGAUAGAGGUGCAGGAGAGGAUAAGGGCAACAGUAUUGCAUGAUGUGGCAGCUGGUGCGCUCGUGUGUGUAAAAGCGGUGAAUUUAGCCGGCGUCAGCACAGAGAACGGACAAUCGUGUGCCACAUUUGAACCCCAACAUUCAGACUCUGGACUUGCGCUGAAGCUGGGCAUUAUUGGAGGUGUGGUGGGACUCAUAGUUCUUCUGAUUUUGGCUCUGCUGCUGUGGAGACACAAAACAUUGCGGAAGUCUACUGCACGAAACGAGACAGGGGGAGUUCUGUAACAGAGAGAAAGGAGCGUGUAUCUGUUUGUGUGUAUGUGUGUGGCCCUAAAUAUGCACUUCAUAUUGGUAUGAAUGAAGGGAGUAAAUGAAUGACUGGACUGAUAGCCCACUGUGAGCAUGCUGGAUAGAGGGAGUGUAUUAAUGACUCAAUGAAAGAGGGGUGCAGAGAAGGUGGACGAAUGACUCAGCACAUUCUUCUCAUUUGGUCGUCAGUGUCUGACAAUGUGAUUUUGGACAGACCCAAAUUGUAGACCUCUACUGUGUUGACUCUAAUCAUGGGCACCUUUUCAAGACCAUUCCCAAAUCACCAACACACUUUUAAACUUGUGUAUGUUUGUUUCUUCUUUCUCCAUGUUUUUUUGUUUGUUUGUUUUUUGAAUGCAGAAUUACAAUUUCUCAUUUAAAUUUAGGACUGGGUCAGAUCAACAGCACAUUUUAGGUUACUUUUUUAAGUGUACGUUUUUGCUAAAAUAAUCUGUGUAAAUAUUAAUCUUACAAAAUAAUAAAAUAUUUUUUGUAUUUUGAA